CGGGGAGUCGGCGACUGUGGGGCGUGGAGCCAGGGGGUGAUUGCAACCCGGGUGCAAGGGGCACUACAAGAGGAGGUGGUGGUGUGGUCCAAGUCGGGGCGCGCGGCCCCCCAACUUCCCUACCCGGCUCCCCCGCCCCCCCACACCCCCGCCUCCAGGAGCCAGGGCUUUGCGCAAACCAGAGGCGGGCGUGGAAGGGAGCGUGGAGGCGAGCGGGAGCUGUGGGCUGUCUGCACCAUGGGCUGCACGCUGAGCGCCGAGGACAAGGCGGCGGUGGAGAGGAGCAAGAUGAUAGACCGCAACCUGCGCGAGGAUGGCGAGAAGGCGGCGCGUGAGGUCAAGCUGCUGCUGCUGGGUGCUGGUGAAUCUGGGAAAAGCACAAUUGUGAAGCAGAUGAAAAUCAUCCAUGAAGCCGGCUACUCGGAAGAGGAGUGCAAACAGUACAAAGCCGUGGUCUACAGCAAUACCAUCCAGUCCAUCAUCGCCAUCAUCAGGGCCAUGGGACGGCUCAAGAUAGACUUCGGCGAGUCUGCUCGGGCGGAUGAUGCCCGCCAACUCUUUGUGCUUGCUGGAGCUGCUGAAGAAGGCUUUAUGACUGCAGAACUCGCUGGAGUGAUAAAGAGAUUGUGGAAGGAUGGUGGUGUGCAAGCCUGUUUCAACAGAUCCCGGGAGUACCAACUUAAUGACUCGGCAGCGUACUAUCUGAACGACUUGGACAGAAUAGCCCAAUCCAAUUAUAUUCCAACACAGCAAGACGUUCUUAGAACUAGAGUGAAAACCACAGGCAUUGUUGAAACCCACUUCACUUUCAAAGAUCUCCAUUUUAAAAUGUUUGAUGUGGGAGGACAGAGAUCAGAGCGGAAGAAGUGGAUCCACUGCUUCGAGGGAGUGACCGCUAUCAUCUUCUGCGUGGCCCUGAGUGACUAUGAUCUGGUCCUCGCUGAAGACGAAGAGAUGAAUCGAAUGCAUGAAAGCAUGAAAUUGUUUGACAGCAUAUGUAACAACAAGUGGUUUACAGAUACAUCCAUUAUCCUGUUCCUGAACAAGAAGGACCUCUUUGAAGAAAAAAUCAAGAAGAGCCCCCUCACCAUAUGCUAUCCAGAAUAUACAGGAUCGAACACCUAUGAAGAGGCAGCUGCGUAUAUUCAGUGUCAGUUCGAAGACCUCAAUAAAAGGAAAGAUACAAAGGAAAUUUACACCCACUUCACGUGCGCCACCGAUACUAAGAAUGUGCAGUUUGUUUUCGAUGCUGUCACAGACGUCAUCAUCAAAAACAACCUCAAAGACUGUGGUCUCUUCUAAGUCUUGCAGUGAAUGGUAAAUUGCAUUUUUCAAACCAAAUGAGUCCUAUACGGAUUUCUCCCUCCUAGAGUCUUGCAGCAACACAAGAAUGUAGGCUAUGGCAAAUGCAUCCGGCACCUCACCAAAGUUAUUCUGUUCUGUUUUUUGUUUGUUUGUUUGGGAUUUUUUUUUUUUUUUUGGUCUCAAAGUAGCAGAAGGACUUUAAGAGUGAAAGCCGGUUCCGCAGUGUGAAGCUGAAGGACGGUGUUAAGCUGGGCUCUAGAAUCUCUUGACUUCUGUGUCUCUGUGUAAAUAUGCAAAUGUCAUGUUCACAUGUAAUUUAUAACUUUACUUUUCCACGUGACUAUUAGAUUUCGCGAGUGGCAACUUUGAGUUGUAGUGUAAUGGCUUUGAAGAUAACAUCACUCUCAAGUACCCUGGGCUGAAGGACCGACCAUGACUGCGUCUGCCAGUUUUGACCGCUUUAUUUAUGUUCGUAUCUUAAGUAUUUUUUGGAGUACAGUAAUUGAUCUGAGGAGAUGUUACAGCCUUGAUCGUGACGACGUGUAUACUUGUGUUCAUACAGAUGUUAUUUGUA